GCAGAUUUCUGUUGGUGUGCUAUUUCCGUUGUACAAUGCCUGGAAGAGUGAAAGUGCGAAUUGUUGCCGGUCGAAACCUUCCUGUAAUGGAUCGCACGAAUGAGACGACUGAUGCCUACGUUGAGGUUCGCUUCGGCUCGACCACGUACAAAACGGAAGUUUGCCGGAAAACAUUGUCACCGCAGUGGAAUUCCGAGUGGUUUCGUUUUGAGGUGGAUGAUGCUAGUUUACAAGAUGAGCCUCUGCAAAUCCGUGUGAUGGACCACGACACGUAUUCAGCGAAUGAUGCAAUUGGCAAAGUUUACAUAGAUCUUAAUCCCCUUCUUCUUCCUAGCUUUGCUAGAACAGUGCCUGAAGGAGAAGGAAGUAAUUCGAGCGGAGGAGCGGUCAUGAAUGGAUGGAUUCCCAUUUACGAUACGAUACAUGGUUUGAGAGGAGAGGUCAGCAUUAUUUUGAAAGUAGAUUUCAUAUCAAACUUCAACAAGUAUCGGAAGUCGUCGUGUGGUGUGCAGAUUUUUUAUGCUCCGAGUGUGCCAUGGGGCUAUACACUAGGAGCAGUUCAUGGUUUUGUGGAGGAACUGGUGGUCAACAAUGAUCCAGAAUAUCAGUGGAUUGAUAAAAUUCGGACACCUCGAGCAUCAAAUGAAGCACGUCAAGUAUUGUUCUGCAAGCUCUCUGGUGAAGUUCAAAGAAAAAUUGGACUGAAAGCUCUGGAACUCGGGGGAAACGCCAUCCUCGGUUACAAAGUUUGCUUUGACUUGGAAGGAGAAAGUGGAGUCGUCGUUCGUGGGAUUGGUACGGCUGUAACAAUUUGCCGUUCAAUCGGAGGCCUGGAAAAUAUACAUGACAUGUUGACCGCAUUUGGUUCAAAUUUCUCAACUCGACAGGCUGAGUCUUUUGCUGGGUCUGCGGCCGUUGUUGAGUCUGCGAGUAGAAAGAUAUCUUUGGGGAAUAACAUAAAUGCUAAUCGUCCAAAAACUUUUGGACAUGUCUAUUCGAUGACUGGAGGCUGCAAAUAUUCUCAAUGUGUUGUUCCGGAGAUCUGGACCAACCGCCGCCCAGUGCAGCGGGAAGGAAUUCUAGCGCGCUUGAACACGAACUAUGGUAGUAAUGGAAAAAACGUUUAUAAUGCCGACCGACACGGAAGAUCAGCCGCUAAUAUUUACAGCCCGGCUUCAGAAUAUUUGACCAAUCGUCCCGAAUUCUAUCUGUCCGACACGGAUGAUGAGAGCGAAUGCCCAUCUGUGUUCCUUGAGGAAGACGACUCUUCCGAUUACCCAGUACAGACCCUUCCCGAGUUUCCGUUUGUAGAAGAAACCGUCUCAUCCCAGACAGUGUUAUCAACAUCGCCGGCAAGGCUCUCGCCCAGGUCUUCAUUUCAUGGUAGAACGUCUUCAGUGAGCACACAGGGACCAGUGCGUAAAUAUUCUACUGCAGUUCCACCGCCUCCGCUAAGUCCCGGUCGCGGAAGGUCAUCUAAAUCAGACUACAAAACAGCUGCAUCGUUGGAAGCCGAGUACAGAAAUGCUGACUUGAUUAUCCCCAAGUAUUCCGUUUCUGGACCACCGCCAAAAAGUGCGGUAAAAGAUAGUGGAGAAAUUUUGGAGUAUCCCUUUUUGACCAUGUCAGCGUAUCCGGAUGACUUCAUUUUGCGAUUGGGAGGAACUGUAAGUGCGCGCAGCGUUAAACUACUCGACAGAAUUCACAACCCAGACGAGCCGGAAACGCGUGAUGCUUGGUGGACUGAACUUCGAAUGGAAAUCAGAUCGCAUACCAAGGCUUUGGCGUGCAAUGUAGUCUUGGGCUACGAAGAGAAGACCAGCAUAUGGGAGGAAAUCUGCAUCUUGAGUGCCUCGGGUACUGCGGCAUUCGUUGCUGGUGUUCAAUACAACGAUCCCACCAUGCUUACCUACGGAAUAAUUGGAUAUCCAAUGCCCUCUCAAUCGGCCCAUGAGCACAUGAGAAAGGAUUCUUUCCGGUCAACAUCAAGUGGAGGCGAACAAUCAGCCGAAGAAACUCUUGACACCGAAAAGGAAUUGGAGAAAGAUGGAUGUCCGCUUUCCGUAUUCUCACCCGAUUCCAGUCCCUGUGGAACUUGUCACGCUCCGUACGGAGACGGCAAUGCUCCUUUUCCUGUCAGCCUGAAACGUUGUCAAGUUUGCUGGAACGGAAAAGUGCCGGACAGUUUGAUUCUGACCAUAGAACCUCCGAACAAGAUACCAAGAAUUGGGAAAGGAACAUUGAUACAGGGCCGCGUUAGUCGCCCUUUGAAGGAUUGCAAAGCUGAGCAACUUGCUAAAGAAAUAUCAGAUUCGUUGCCUUUUCUUGAAUAUGAAAUGUAUCGCCAAUUGAUCAAUAAGCUCCGCGUGAAAGGAAUGAACUGUAUUUGUGGUUUAACGACCCAAAUCUCAAUCGGAGACAAACUUCUUAUCGGAGUCGCGACUGGAACUGCGUGCUAUUUUGCUGCAUUACCUCCUCCCACCGUUCCGAGGAUUCUUGCCAGCCAUUCGUCUUCCUCCAUGAAGUCCGAGAACGGGGACGGGGAUUCUUCUGUGAGCGACAUCCAGAAGAAACUGUGUGAGCUUGUUGCCGCCAACAAGAAGACGUUCGGGCUUGCGAAAACUCCGGAGAUCAUUGAUGACUGCGAGGAUUUGGAUGUGAUCAAUUUGCUCAUGGAUCCGAAGCCGCCGCUGGAUUUCGAGGUGUCGAAUAUAGAAGAUUAUAUUUGCAAUGGAAGGUCGAAAACUAGCAACCCUCAAGAUACGUUCGUUGAAUCUGAGGAUGAGCUUCCUCAGAAUCAGCUAUUCACCAAAAUUUGGCGAGGGAAUGUAACACCUCCGUUCACUUCCAAGGAUUUAUCCAGAAUCAUGGACCGAUUGAUCCAUGGGACGUGUUACCGGUUCAAGAAAGCCGAGCCUAAGAUUGUACGCAUGGUACGAGUGAAUGUGACAUCCGUGGAAGAAGACGAAUUGCAAGUUAUUUUGACGGGUGUGAGCUUAGGAACCCCUUCAUUCUCUUACAAUAUGAACCACUGGAAAAAGCUUUCAGCAAGCACAGAGCCCAGUGUUGAGUCGGAUGCUGAGACUGUGAAGAGUCUCAAGGAGUCAUCGGAUGGUGCUUGUGAAACCGAGUUGAAGCCUUCGACAUCGAGUAUUGGAAGGAAGCCUUCUUCGAAUCUUACGCUUACGGUUCCUGACUCAGGUGUCAAUAGAAUUGUUGCGGAGAAUAGUUUCGAGUUGCCGACCCCUGUUUUGAUCACACCAUUGACUUGGAUUCACGGAAAGAAACCCGAAUCGUACCUGGGGAAUUUGAAUUUCUUCUUUGUGCGAGAAACGAUGAAUGUGAAAGAGUGCGGAGGAUUGAGCAUCUUUGUAUCGUCCUUCGUUGCCGAAGUGUUGAGCAUAGUUCGGGCUCAUGUGAGGGCACUGGGUGGCAAUGCCUUGAUUUCCUACUCCAUGUCCGAGUGUUCUUUGAUGCACAGUGCUCAACCGAAGGGUUCGGAUGCGUGA